AUGUCUAACCCACAAGAUCAUUAUGGCACUCCUCCACCACCAUCUCCCUCAAAUUCAUCCUCAUCAACUCCACCCAGUGAAUCUCCAAAACCUAGGUUUCGAAGACAGAAAAUACUUUCCCGAAAAACUGUAGCAUCUGGGGCUCUGAGGAAGGUUUUAAACGAAAGGUUGAAAGCUAGCCAAGUGAAAGAAAACCCAGCUCAAAAUUCCGAUUCUAACUCUAAGACUAAAUAUUUUAGAUCCGCGACUGAGGGAGAUGGACAUGGGUCUUCUGACUCUGAUAAGACUCAAGAAUUCCCUACUAAGGGGGGAAGUGGGUCUGGGGAGGCUGCUGAGGGAUUGGUUCAUCUGAGCAAAAGGAGAGAGGAACCCGUUUCAUCUGCUGAAGAUACCCUAGCUAAUCUACUGAAAAGGAUUGGGGCAUGUUAUGACCCAAAGAAACGCAAAACUACCACACCAAAAGCCCCAAAUGUUCCCAAGCCAUCCCAGAAAAGAAAAGCCUCAUCCCAAACACGUACUGCCUCUUCAGUGCCUAGGGGUAGAGCUACAAGAAGCAGGGUAAAACAAAGUGAAGCUGAUCUACAAAAGGCUUUAGAAGAAAGCAAGAAAAAGUAA